CGCGACCGCUUCUUCUGGGCACAGGCUCGGGCGAGCUAAUCGCAGGGCGGCCCGUCGGGAGCCGGGAACUGCCGGCCGUGAGGGUCGUUGCCACGUCUGCGGGGCCGGUGAAAGGCGAGGCGCGCCGCCUGGCUCGUGGGCGAGGGGUGCGGGAUGGCUGCGGGGCACUGACUGCGGGGCGGCGAUGGCGGCGGCGCUGCGGGCCGCCUUGCUGGCGGCGGCGCUGGGCUGCGCGGCCGCGGCGCUCAUCCCCGCGGCCGACGUGAAGGUGGAGGUGCUGCAGAAGCCGUUCCUCUGCCACCGGAGGACUAAGUGGGGGGACAUGAUGCUGGUUCACUACGAGGGCUACUUGGAGAGGGAUGGCUCCCUGUUUCACUCCACUCACAAGCAUAACAAUGGUCAACCUAUGUGGUUUACACUUGGCAUAAGGGAAGCUAUCAAAGGCUGGGACAAAGGUCUGAAGGACAUGUGUGUGGGAGAGAAGCGGAAGUUAACUAUUCCACCAGCCCUUGCUUAUGGAAAAGAAGGGAAAGGAAAAAUUCCACCUGAGAGCACAUUGAUUUUCAACAUUGACCUGCUAGAAAUUAGGAAUGGACCAAGGUCUCAUGAGUCAUUCCAAGAGAUGGAUCUUAACGAUGACUGGAAACUCUCCAAGCAAGAGGUGAAAAUUUACUUGAAGAAGGAAUUUGAAAAGCAUGGAGCAGUAGUAAAUGACACCCAGCAUGAUGCUUUGGUGGAAGACAUAUUUGAUAAAGAAGACGAAGAUGGUGAUGGGUUCAUCUCUGCAAGGGAAUUUACAUACAAGCAUGAUGAACUAUAGAAAAAGGUGGCAUAACUUUUUUUUGACACAAAUGGCAAUGAUUUAGACUGAUUCUCUUGUCAUCUGAAGUCUGUGUUUUGGAGUGCACAGCUGCCGUUGGCAAAGAAACAUUCUUUAUGUAAUAAUUCUGUUCAUUAUGUACAGACAUUUUAAACUAUUUUAAAAUAUGAAAAUACUUCCUUUAAUGCAGCAAGUCUUGCACAGCAGUAUUUUUAAAAAUUUGUGUUAACUUAUUUUUCAGAAAUGAAACAAAUUUUCCAAUUAUGAAACAUUGUGAAAAUCAAAGUAUAGUUCAGUGCCUUUCUGUGAUUUGUUUGUGUGUUUAAGAUCACUUUCAGUGAUUCCCUUAUGUAUAACUUCUAGUCUGCAGCUUAUGUACUUGACCUUCCUUCUUGUGUGUCACUGCUUAAAAAGGAGUGUGCUGACUUGGCUUUUUUUCUGCAGAGUUUUUGAAAGGUUUACUAGAAGGCAUCAGCAUCUCUUUAUACAGCUGAGAAACUGAUACAAAGCCAAAUAAGAAAAAUGAGUGUCCUGUGCAGAUUUUGCCUUUCUAAAGGGGAAAGUGUUAGCAAUUUUGCCAAUAAUUGUCUCCAUUUUACUUCAAAUUAUGUGAACAAAGUGAGUUAAAUGUCAGACCAUCACUUUGAUUGUAAGCAACACUCUAGGAAAUGUCUGUAGCUUGGACAAUAGCAAGUCAUGCUGCAGUGCAGAGGUAGUAUCCUUUACACACACUUGCUUUGAAACUCAGAGCUUGCAUUUGUGAGGAAAAAUCCUUUUAGCCUCAGAUUUCGAGGGAUGUCUUGAAUGAAAUGUUGCAAGUAGGAAGUUUUUCCUGUUCACAGGAGGGGAAGAGGAUACCGAUCUUCCUGUCAGUAUGACCUGAAAAACAGUUGGCAUUGGUUUGCCUGCUCUGCAGCUGCCAGAGUUGUAGAACUUGUUUCAUUGUUGCCCCUUUGCACUAUUUUCAUGAGUAGCAUACAAGUGAUGUGAAUUUCAAAUAAAGUGACUUUUUAGAAAACAGA